CGGUCAAACCCUCUUCUCCGUCACCGCCGCCGCCGCCACGUCGAUGGGUGACGGCGGCGCCGCCCCCAACCGACUGGCGCAAUCCCCUCUCGACGGCGCGUUCCUCCUCCAGCUUCUCCAGCGCCCGCCGCAGUCCCAUCCCCAGCAGCAGCAGCCGCCGUCGAUUCCGCUCGAGGGUCAUCAACCCUCACCGUGAUCCCGCCGUCUCCGCCGUCGGCCCUAGCUAUCACUUCCUUCCCCACACUUUCAUCCAUCCUCCCCAGCCCCAGCACAUCCCGAUCCCUCCGGGCUUCUCCCCUUGGGCUCCUCCCCCUGGUUUCCCUCCUGUCUUCCAUGGCGAGCUCCAGCCUCCCGCCGGUGAUCCCUAUCUGGAAUUUCGGUUUCCGCAGCAUCAAGGUCCGGCUUCUACAAGUGAUGGAAAUCUAGGUUUUGGGGUGGUAGAGAUGAACGGGGAUUGGUGAAUCACCGUCCGGGGCCGCGGAAUGUGCCGAUUGGUGGUUCUGGUGGUGGAAUUGAUGGUAGGUUGCCGAACCGAAACCCUAUGAAUAAUCGAGAGCAGAGUUCGAGAGUGGUGAGGCCUCAUGGCCCUGUUGAAAGGGGUCGCCCUCUCAUGGAGAGGCCUGCAAUGGUUGUGAAGGGAAGGCCACCGGGACCAAUGUAUAGAGCAAAAGGGCCUGUUGAAUCAAUCAAUAUCAACGAGAGGAGUAGUGGGAAGUAUAAUGUGGAUGGUAGGCAGGAUGUUCGAAUGGAAAAGUAUAGCCGGUCCUUCCCUCCCUCUGCGGAGGUUCUUGUUUCGCAUGCAGAGGCUUCAGGAGUGAAUAGAAGCCAUGUUGGUUCUCGCUAUAAUGCAGAGAAUGGUGUUUUGCUUGAUUCGGCUGCCCGAAGAAGUGAUAGUCAUACUGAAGAAGCUCAUGAGGAUUCAAGUGAAGGAGAUGUUGAGGAAAGUGGAGUUUUUGAAGAUGAGUUUGGUUCUAAUCAGGAUGGUAAGAGUGGUGCCUCUGGGCCAGAGGAUGCCUUAGCUAACCAAAUGGUUGAUGCUUUGACUCUCAGUGAUGGUGCUGCUGGCACUAGUGCGGUGAAACAGGCAAAGACUUCCCGGGGCAAGGAUUUCAGAUUUGAUUCUUUUAGAGGGCAUCAUGUAUCUAGUUUCCGAAUGAGGCUCCGACGGAGACUGGUGGAGUGUCGUUAUGCCAUAGAUAAACUGGUACCCCAUUUGUUGUCGAUUUAUCAAUCUCUGAUACCACCAGAAGAUGAAAAAGCCAAGCAAAAACAAUUAUUGUUGUCACUGGAAAAAUUAGUUAACAAACAAUGGCCCAAGGCCCAGUUGCACAUUUAUGGGUCAUGUGCAAAUUCUUUUGGGGUUUCCAAUAGUGACAUUGAUAUCUGCCUUGCAAUUGAUGAUGCUGACCUGAGCAAAUCUGAUAUUUUGUUGAAGUUAGCUGAUAUUCUUCAAUCUGAUAAUCUUCAAAAUGUGCAGGCACUGACACAUGCUAGGGUUCCUAUAGUCAAGCUGAUGGAUCCAAUAUCAGGAAUCUCUUGUGACAUAUGUGUCAAUAACCUUUUGGCUGUUGUUAACACAAAGUUGCUAAGAGAUUAUGCUAAAAUAGAUGACAGAUUGCGCCAACUAGCCUUUAUUGUGAAGCACUGGGCCAAAUCAAGGCGUGUCAAUGAGACAUAUCGUGGAACUCUUUCUAGCUAUGCGUAUGUGCUUAUGUGUAUUUACUUCUUGCAACAGCGCAAACCUGCGAUCCUUCCUUGUUUGCAGCAAAUGGAAGCAACUUAUGCCAUAACUGUAGAUAAUACAACGUGUGCUUUCUUUGACCAAGUUGAAAGGCUCCGUGAUUUUGGUGCACAUAACAAGGAAAGCAUAGCUUAUUUGCUUUGGGCGUUCUUUCACUAUUGGGCAUAUUGUCAUGAUUACACAAACGAUGUUAUUUCAAUUCGCACUGGAGGCAUUAUCAGCAAGAGAUUGAAAGAUUGGACAAGGCGCAUCGGCAAUGAUCGUCAUCUCAUCUGCAUAGAGGACCCCUUCGAGAUCGAGCACGAUCUUGGUCGUGUUGUUGACAAGUUCAGCAUCAAAAUUCUGAGGGAAGAGUUCGAGCGUGCAGCCGAUAUUCUUCAGUUUGAUCCAAACCCUUGUGUUACUCUUUUUGAGCCAUAUAUUCCACCUAGUUUACCUCAGGAGCAGGUUCAUCCAGAAUUGGAUGAAUAGGUUUUGGACCAACUUAAGUUAUUAACCUGUUUAUCCUUCUAUUUUGCCCUUUUUUUUUUCUCUUAAGUUGCAGUUGUCUAACUCUUUUUGUGAAUAUUGUUUGCAUGUUACCAUAUAUAUAUAUUAUUGUAAAGAGAUAUGCUUAUGCUGCUAAA